AUGGCCACUCCCAGGAGGUCCCGCCGGCUCAUGGAGCAGCCUAAGAGGCGCUCCCUACGCCUGGCGAAGGGCAGUUUACAUGGGUAUAAAAAAUUCCCUGAUCUGGAUGUGGCAACACCUCGAACUGUAUUCCGGAAAGUCUUGCAGACCCAGCCAGUAGUUUCCCCUCUUGUUCCUGAAAUGGCUGAUUCCCCCAAACCAGUGGAGACUGUGUUCCAGUUUCCUUCAAGGAAUGCUGCUGACAGCAACCUAGAGAUAAGUUUGACUGGCCCUAUUCCUGAAGAGACGUUUCAUCCUGUGCUCCACAAACAUGGGAAAAAAAAGAAGGUCAGGCUCUCUGAGUUUGAGAGAGCCGUGGAUAAGCAACUUCCAUCUACCACAGCUAAGUCAUUCUUGGACAACACAUCUCUGACUAGAUCUCUUCAGGUCACUCUUGGAACCCCAGUAACACCAACACCUGAUGGAAAAAGAGGUUUAAUCCGUAGGCCUAAGAGUUACAAAGGCAUUAACGUGAUGACUUUUGAAGGAGGCAUGGAACAAAACUUACUGCAAAUAAAAGGCUCCGAAAACCACUACGUGGACUUGCAAGCUUCAGAUCUGCCAAACACUACAGCCAGCACAGAACUCUUUGCCCAGUCUCAGCUCAGUGGCCAGAGCAGGGCCAGGGUUCCUGUUCUGCCAUCUCAGCCUGCCUCUGCCAGGAAAUCUUUAUCCCAAGGGGCUGUGCUGUCUUCUGCUGCAGACCUAAAGACACCUCAGUGGCAUACAGAGUCUGAGACAGACGCUGGCAUGGCAUGGCAGGACCAAAAAGACAUUUUGAUGCCAGGGACUGAAUAUGUGGAUGGCACAGGUGUGCCCGCGGGAGAAGUUGGAAGUCCAAAGGAAGAGCAGCAAGAGAGUGAGCUGGCCAUUGAGGGAGGAAUGGUAGGUGGUAACCCGAAGAAGACAUUAACACCAGGCACUGAGCAUGCUGGUGGGAUGGACGCUGUACCCCAGCAAAGGACGCUGUCUCUGGGGAGAAAGCGGCAAGAGAGCCUGCGAGGAAGCCAUCUCGUGGAGCCGCAAGAGAGCCUACCUGGAGACCAUCUCAUGGAGCAUCAAGAGAGCCUGCAUGGAGACCAUCUCACAGAAGUGCAUUCAAGUCCGGAGGAGUAUCUGUUGAGUGAUAUUUCCACACCAAAGUCCUCCACGCCAGUUGGUGCCAAACUCCCAGUUGCCCCCGCUGGAGGCCUGCGCGCCUGUCUGCAGGACAAGCCUACCAAGCGCACAGUGAAAUCCAUAGUGGAGCACAUAAUCGAGGAGCUGGACAGAAGCAUCACUCCGUGUGUUGUGGAUCAGGACGCACCAGGAGCUGACCUGGAAGAGGAGCCUUCCCCCAGCAAAGAGGCUACUCGGAUCUCUCAAAAGACCAAAGCCAGGACUCCAAGGAGGAGUGUCAGCAGGCAGGAGGCUGAGCAGUUAGAGAGGGAAGCUGUAGACAAAGGGAUUCAGCAAUCUGGGGGUGGAAGCAAGCCGAGAGAAGUGUCGCACUUGGAAAGCGAAGCAGACUUGGUGUCUGACAUUGAAAUGGAACCCGAAGGCAAGGAUAUGUCAGAGGCUGAAAUGGACCCUGAAGUUGAGGAUAUGUCAGAGGCUGAAAUGGACUCCGAGGAUAAUGAGCCACCUGUGAAGACACCUGUGUUUGUGCGCGCAAAAGCCUUCCAGUGUUCCCCGUUGCUGUCCAGCCCCCACACUCUGAAACUCACUGCCUCCAAGUCUGCUUCUGAACAGCCGCCAAAGAAACGGGCUCCAAAAUCCAAGAAGGCAUGCAGAGAAAAACGUCAGCCGGGAAUCUCCAGCGGUUGGUUGAAAAAGAUGUUCAGCCACUAUGCAAGGAUGCCAGUGGCCAAAGAUGCUUUUCAGGCUGUGGAGAGGUGUGUCAGCCUGUACUUCAAGCAUCUGAGUGAUGACCUGGAAGCCUACACAAACCAUGCUAGAAGGAAAACAAUAGAGUCUGCCGACCUGGAGCUGCUCAUGAGAAGGCAAGGGCUGAUAACUGACAAGAUGCCUUUAAAUGUCCUGAUAGAGCAUCACUUGCCUCUGGAGUAUCGGAAAUUGCUCAUUCCUGUUGCUUCCAGUGGAAAUAAAGUCACCCCACGAUGA